CCAUCCCAAAUUCUUGUUCCCUUACUUUAACGCUAGCAGUAAAACACUGACCCGGGCUGAGAGAACUAGUAGUAUUACGUGAAAACGCCCAAAAGAUUAGAAAAGAAAAAAAUAUCUUUAAUCCAAGACAGCAAGGAUUUCUAGGGUUUGUAAGUAUCGGUAACCGAUGGCGAUGGCUGCUCUCAGACGUGAAGGAAGGCGUUUCGCCCCUCUGAUCUCUCCCCGCCCAAUAACCGCCGUCCGAUCCCCUCCUCUCGCUCCCUCUCACGAGGAUGAGGGUCCUAUUGGAGUUCGAUAUGUUUCGACUCAAGUUGUUAGGAACCGGAUGAAGAGUGUCAAGAGUAUUCAGAAAAUCACAAAGGCAAUGAAGAUGGUUGCAGCCUCAAAGUUGAGAGCAAUUCAAACUAAAGCUGAGAAUUCCCGUGGCCUCUGGCAACCAUUUACUGCACUUCUUGGUGACCUACCCAGUGUUGAUGUCAAGAAGAAUGUCGUUGUGACCAUCUCUUCAGACAAAGGUCUCUGUGGUGGAAUUAACUCUACAUCAGUCAAGAUAAGCAAGGGUCUCCACAAGUUGAACUCUGGUCCUGAAAAAGAAACAAAAUAUGUUAUUUUGGGAGAGAAGGCAAAGGCUCAAUUGGUUCGUGACUCUAAGAAGGACAUUGAGUUAAUCAUUACUGAGUUGCAGAAGAAUCCUUUGAGCUACACUCAGGUCUCUGUUCUUGCAGAUGAUAUCUUAAAGAAUGUGGAGUAUGAUGCUUUGAGGAUUGUCUUCAACAAGUUUCACUCAGUAGUUUCAUUCGUGCCAACAGUGUCAACUGUAUUAUCUCCUGAAAUUGUUGAAAGGGAAGCUGAAUCUGGGGGAAAGCUUGGUGAUCUAGACUCCUAUGAAAUUGAGGGUGGUGAGACAAAGGGUGAAAUACUUCAAAAUCUGGCAGAGUUCCAGUUCUCUUGUGUCAUGUUCAAUGCGGUGUUGGAGAAUGCUUGUAGUGAGCAAGGUGCAAGGAUGUCUGCUAUGGAUAGCUCAAGCAGAAAUGCUGGCGACAUGCUUGAUCGCCUUACUCUUACAUAUAACAGAACCCGUCAAGCAUCAAUCACUACUGAGUUGAUUGAGAUCAUAUCUGGAGCAUCUGCACUGGAGGGUUAAUUUAAAAAUUUUACUGUUAAAUUUUUCUCAUGAUAACGAAAUAAAAUCUCAGUGGACUCUUUUUCCUUUGAGCUUUCAUACUGCUACUUUUUGAAUGUUCAGUUGAGUAACUGCAAUAAUCACCCGAGUGUUAAAACUUCA